AUGAAUCCUUCUCCUACGAAACCAAGUUUUUGGUAUUGCGAUGUAUGCAAUCGCGUUUUUGAUCAUGGUGCGUUUCGUUACAAUUGCACUGUCUGUCCUAAUUAUGAUCAAUGUAAGGAAUGUACAGCGACGAUGUGCCCACCACAUCCUCACUCUUUAGUUUCCGAAUUGGCUUUUGGCGAUGGAGAAAACACAACUUCUAGUGGAAGAACAAUGGCAUUAGCAAUUCAAGCAGCGAUGGAGAUCUAUUGUGAUCGUCACUAGACGAACAGCAAUGAAUUGUUGAAUCCAUAUUCCACCGGUUCUUAUUGGCCGUUCUCGAAUUUUGAUGAAUCCAGUGAAGUACCGAAAGAAAAAGAUGGUGUUUCGAUUCACUACAUAGGUGAUAUCGAAAAAGCGGGUUCUUGCAAACGAUAUAAUUAUGUUUCUGUCGAACCGAACGAUAUUCUCACCAUUAUUUAUACAAGUGGUAGCUCAGGCUUUCCAAAAGGAGUCAUGAUUUCUGACGGUGCUUUGAGAAGUCUUUUUCCAGAAGAGCUUUUACCAUCUACUGGCGAACAAGUGACGUUCUCCUAUCAACCACUUGCAUGGUAUGGUGGACGAAAUCAAUUGAUUGGAACGUUUCUUCUUGGAGGACGUGCUGGAUUCUUCACAGGUAAUCCAUUUCGACUGAUGGAAGAGAUGGCUUUGGUGAGACCGACGCUUUUUGCUGCUCCACCAAGUAUUUGGAAUAAAAUUUAUUCCGAAUUUAAAGCAGCUCUUGCGUUGACCAUGGCCACUACUUCCCAACAACGUUCUGAAGUAGAAGAAGAACUUUUCCGACAAUUCUCAAAAUUAAUACCAUCAAGAUGUGAAACGAUCGCUAUCGUUGGUGCUCUAAUCAGCCCAUUAGUACUUGACUUUAUGCGCAAAUGCUUUCGACACUGUUGCAUCGAAGACGGUUACGGAAUCACAGAAUGUGGAGGUAUAGCAUUCAACAAUCGUUUUGAUCCUACUGUUACCUAUCGACUUGAAUCAGUUCCUGAAAUGGGCUUUACAGUUGAAGAUCAGCCUUUCCCACGAGGUGAACUUUUAACAAAAACACGUCAACUGUUUUCCGGAUAUGUCAAUAAUCCGGCGGAAACACGAGCAGCAUUGACUGAUGACGGUUUCUUUCGUACUGGCGAUAUUAUUGAACUACGUCAAGCCCGAGACGAACCGCCGUAUGUCCAUAUAAUUGAUCGCAAGAAGAAUUUCUUUAAGCUUUCUCAUGGACAAUUUGUCUCUCCCGAAUAUCUGCAGGGUAUCUUCACUCGAAGUGCCUUCAUCGAACAGAUCUUCAUUCAUGGUGAUCUAUAUGAAGACAGUGUCACCGCUGUUGCUGUGCCAAAUCGAAAUCGUGCUCAAGCGUUUGCCAUCGAGAAUAACGUAACAUCUCUCGAAUCGGAUCCGAAAUUCUAUGACGCAAUGAUGCGUGAUCUGCAUUCAAUUGCCACCAAGGAAUCGCUUCGAAAGCAUGAAAUUCCAUCACGAAUAAUUAUAGAUUUCGAACCAUUCACCGUCGAAAAUGGGUUGCUCACUUCGUCCUUGAAGCCUUGUCGUCCCAAAUUGACUGCUCAUUAUGCAAAGCGAUUGAAGAAAACGAACACGUUGGAACAACAGUUGAAAAACAUUAUCGAAACUGCUACAGGUCAAUCGUUGACAACCGAUGACGAUGCUGGUUUUCUAGCCACCGGUGGAAACUCCUUAACAGCCGUACGUUUAUCACGAAUGAUCCGCGAGAAUCUCGGAAUCACUCUACCACUCUACAUACUAUUCGAACCUGAGACGAAUCUCAAACGUUUGACAAAAUUCGCUCAAAAUCCUUCAUUGAUACAACAGAAUUCGAUCGUUCCGCGACUCUUACAUGAUGCUGAGCUUGAUCUCAAUAUUACAAUAGGCAAACCAAAAGCGCUUGUUUGCUCUCCAACGAUGGUUUUCGUGACAGGUACAACAGGAUUUGUUGGUGGUUUUUUAUUGUUUGAAAUGUUGAAUAGAUAUCCGGUCGAUUGCAAGUUUAUUUGUCUCGUUCGAUGUGACCAGUCGACGAAUCCAUUGGAUCGUAUUCGAAAGAACAUGGCUUUUCUUCAUUUGUGGCAAGAGCAUUUUCGAGAACGUAUCGUACCGCUACGAGGAGAUCUCGCUCAGACUCACUUUGGACUAGACGACAAGACUUAUGCAUCAACUGCAAUGCAAAUUGAUCUCAUUUUUCAUUGUGGUGCUACCGUCAAUUUCUUUUUACCCUAUAGUCAACUUUAUGGUUCAAACGUUUGUGGUACUCGAGAGAUCAUUCGUCUUGCCACUCAUUCGCCCAACUGUAUUCCUAUACAAUAUGUCUCGACUAUCAGUGUUCUGCCACCGGGUAUUGUGGAAGAAAUGCAUAUUGACGCUAUCUCACCGCAUCGUCUGACCACUGGUUAUGGACAAAGUAAAUGGGUGGCAGAAAAACUUAUAAGAAAAGCUAGCUGUUUUGGUCUACCAGUUGUCACCUAUCGACUGGGCUCAAUGUGCGCUAGCGCAAACAGUGGUGCCUGCAAUCCACUCGAUCUUCAUACAAUAUUAAUCGCUGCUAUCUUGAAGACAGGUUUCUAUCCGACUGAAGCUCUCAACAUCAAGCUUGACUCUUCACCGGUGAGUUUUGCUGCGGAAAAUAUUGUUCGUUUGAGUCUCGUUCGACCUGAUAUGUAUGGAAAUGUCUAUCAUAUUGUUCAUCCUGAUGGUGGAGUGGCAUUUCAGAACAUUGUUAGAAGCUUGAGAUUGUGUGAUGUAAAGGUAAAAGAGGUUCCCUUCGAACAAUGGCGAUCAACAAUCCAAGGUCAUUCAUUUGAAUCGGCCGAUGAGCUGCUAUUCGAUUUGAUUUUUGGAAAACGAUUGACAUUAUCCGCCAAGCAAUUUUACAGUAUUGUUUCUCCACUCAAUAUUCCGGCUAUGGACAACGACUACACAAAUAAAUGGUUAGCAUUUAUAAUGCAAAAUGUUCGAUAA